AUGGAGGCUAUGGUAAAACAUAACUUAUUUACAGGGUAUAACAUUGAGGAGAGUGAUCCAGUUUCAGUAUCGCAUCUUCAGUUUGCUGAUGAUACUCUUCUUUUGGGGGUGAAGAGUUGGGCUAAUGUUCGGGCAUUGCGGGUUGUUCUGGUGCUGUUUGAGACUAUGUCUGGCUUGAAGGUUAAUUUUAAUAAAAGUAUGUUGGUUGGGGUUAAUAUCCCUGAUUCUUGGUUAAGCGAGGUUGCGUCUGCUUUGUGUUGUAAAGUGGGAAAGAUUCCUUUCCUUUAUUUGGGUCUUCCUAUUGGGGGUGAUUCGGGGCGUAUGAUUUUAUGGGAACCAGUAUUGGCUCGUUUAAAGAAUAGAUUAUUUGGGUGGGAAAUUCGUUUUCUUUCUUUUGGUGGUCUUCUGGUUUUACUUAAGUCUGUCUUGACCUCUAUACUUGUCUAUGCUUUAUCCUUCUUCAAAGCUCCCUAA